CUCCGACCGGCUCCCUGGAUGCAGCAGGCAGCGCCACGCCCUCCGCGGCGGGCACCGCCACGCCGUCGGCGGCCUCGGCGUCGCCGGCGGGCCCCGCCGCCGCGCCAGCGAGGCACGGCACGCCGGCGGCGCCCGGAGGGGGCAGGUUGUUCAGGCACCGCAUCAGGGAGCUGCACGCCACGGCCAGGAGCCUCCGGUGCGAGCUCCGGCAGGCCGUCUCCAGCGAGGCCGCGCUGCGCAGGUCGGUCCAGGCGCGGAGCCUGGCGCUGCGGGACGUCCUCUACGUCGGCGCCACCACCGGUGUCAGACAGGGAGUGCAGUGCGGCCCGCUGCAGAUGACAGUGGGCCCAGAGGCGGAGAUCCAGGCGCUCCGCGCGGCGGUGGAGGAGCAGUUGCGAACAAACUUGCAACUCCUGCGCGCGCGAGGCAGAUCGAGGCAAUGCCGCCGCUGUCACCAGACGCUCUGCGAGAUCAAAUUGCUGGCACGCACCGCUGUCCUCACAGCGUCAACGUAUCGUGUUCUCGACGUUCUUAGUCUGCAGUCCCUCCUCGGUCCGCCUCUCACGGGCGCGUUCUCGGCUGCCCUUCGUCGCCGCCCCGCCUUCCCCAUUCCGUCCCCCGCUUGCCCCGCAGCAGCCCGAUUGUGCGCACGCGCACACCCUCGUUCCGGCCUCCCCGCGUGCUCGCGCCGCUUCCCUACUUGUACCCCGGCCACCCGCUCAUCCUUCAUACAUCGCCCCGACCUCCCAGCCAUCCCAUCGCACCCGACCUUGAGGGAAGUGAAAUGCAGCAUCGACGCUGGCACAUCCGUGGUCCAGAACCGGCAGACUCCCGUGCAAUUCCGCGCAAUCCCGUUCAAUCUGGCCCAAAUCCAGGCCUCCCGGUUCAAUGUCAAACGUUCCCACGAAGAUUUCCAAGGGGUUGCCUCCGACCUAACGCUCAGUCGGGGCUAGUUCGAGGAUAAGUCCGUUCCAGAGCGUUCUAGAACGCUCCGGAACGCUUUCAGAGCGUUUCAGGGGCACCCAAACGGGGUGGUGGCCACACCGUAUGGUGAGUCGGUGGGGAUUCGGGAUUACCGCACGGUUUUGAGACUUGGGUCGUUCUCCGAGGAUGUCUCGGGCGACUGGGGCCUCCAGGGCCCCAAGAACGCACGGUGACGGACCGUGCGGUGAGGUCUCUUGGGGUUCCAAGGUCACCACAGUCGAUCACCACACGGUUUUGUGAUCCCCAAGCGUUCCAGAACGCUUUGAGAAGACCGCCAGACCUCAGAUUUUCGAUCUUCCUUCACCGAAUUGAUCCUCGUUUCGGUUUCGUCUUAACCGUUGUUUCCCGCCUGCACCUUUCUAUCUCUCAGACCACCCCCCGCCGCCCCCCGCCGCGCUGCCAGCUGGAGCGGGCGCCCGGGCACUCGGCGGAGCGGGGACCCGCACAGUGGCGGCUCUCGUGGCGCACGAAAAGGACGCUGGGGACUGCACGGCAGCUGCCGAUCCGAUGUUUCCUUUUUGUCUCCUCAUCCCUCCCUUUGUGGAGACCAG